GGCGCGGAGUGCGUGUUGCCAUGCGGCGCGAGUGUCGCGGCCCGCUGCGAGUGUCGAGAGCGUCGCGAGUGCUGUGCUCUGUGCGUGUCCAGUGAGUGUGUGCCGCGCGGUCACCUCUCCUCGCCUACUGGAUGGAUGCGUCUCUGCACCGCUGAGGACGUUCAUAUAUACCGUGGCGCGCGGCCGCAGCGCCGCAGCAUGAGCGCGCGCGCCCCGCGCCUGCACGCGCUGGCCGCCGCGCUGCUGCUCGCCGCGCACCUCUUCAAAGUGCUGUCGUGCGGCGAGGCGGGCGGUGCGCGCGUGCGCAAGCGCUACGUGGGGCUCUACACCGGGCCCUACUUUGACCCCGCCGCGCCCAACAAUAUCACCACACAGCUCGGCACGCACGCCUACCUACCCUGCAAGGUGCGGCAGCUGAGCAACAAGUCAGUGUCGUGGAUCCGGCGGCGCGACGCGCACAUCCUCACCGUGGACCGGUUCACGUUCAUCGCCGACGAGCGCUUCCAGGCCUUCCUCGUCGAGGCCACCGACACCUGGACGCUACAGGUGAAAUAUGUGCAGGCGCGGGACGCCGGCGUGUACGAAUGCCAGGUCGGCACCGAGCCCAAGAUGAGCCACUUCGUGCAGCUCAACGUCGUCGUGCCAAAGAUCGAGAUCGUGGGCGAGUCGGACCUGUACGUGAAGGCUGGCAGCACGGUGAGCCUCAAGUGCGUGAUCACGCAGGCGCUGGAGGAGCCCGCGUACAUCUUCUGGUACCACAACGACGAGCGCGUGCUCAACUACGACCGCAGCCUCGUCGAGAUCCGCAUGGAGCGCAUCUCGCCCGACACCACGGUCGGAAACUUGAUAAUAUACAACCCACGGCGUGAGGACUCCGGCAACUACUCGUGUGCGCCCUCCAACCUCGACUCCGCCUCCGUCGUGCUGCACGUGCUCAGCGGCGAGCAGCCGGCGGCCAUGCAGCACGGCAACAGCGGCAGCGCGCGCGCGCCGCCCGCGCCGCGAGCCGCGCGCCUCGCCGCCCUGCUCGCACUCGCGCUGCUCUUCUCGGUGAUGUGCCACGACGAGGACGAGCCCAAAUAGCGAGACGCGUAGAGCGCAGGCGCGUGCCGCCGCCGCGACUGUCGCGGUCGGUGAUGGACUUUUCGUGACUUGUGUGACGUCCAACGCUACGCAUUCGAUGCCUAGUGAAAUAAGUUUAAAACUAUUUAUUGUAAAAAUUUCGAAUAUUAUAUCGAUUAGAUAGUGAGCGUGAUCGACGAUCGCGGCCGACGCGGACGGGCCCGGCCGCGCGAUGUGAUACGACCGGAGUGAAGUCGAUAAAAAUAUUACAUACGAAAUUAAUUGUAUCGGUACUAAAUUUUAUAUUAUGGGAAACGAACUAUGUAAAUACGCGAGGAGCCGGCGCGGGACAGGCGCGCCUCCUCACACCCUGUAAAUUGUACAUAGUACUCACUACUACUGUUGCUGUCCCUGCGGCCGCGUGUGCCGCGAGUGCCGCGUGUGCCGCGAGUGCCGCGAGUGCCGCGUGUGUCGCGUGUGCCGCGAGUGCCGCGCCGAGACACGUGACGCGCGGCAUCGCACGAGGCACACAGCGGCGCUGCGACAUCAUUCACAUCGAAAUCAUUUAAACCGCCCUUUAUCUGGGGCCGAUUAGUAUUCUCGAAAUUUGUUAUACAGUACAAAAGUUGAAAGGAAUUGUGUACAGAGUGUUAUGAGUUAAUUUAUUCGCUAUUGUUUUAAAAAAUAUUACGACGAUUGUAGCGGGCGAGUCGACGCUCCGGGUCAAUCUGUGAUCCCGUUCGCUUAUAUGUUUGAGUUGAGAGGAGGUGGGGGUGUACAUAGCUGUCUUAUCAUAGUUUAGUUCUCUGCGAGCGUCGACGCGCGCCGCGCCGCGCUCUGCGCCCUGCUCCCACCGCAGGCAGGCAGGCCACACCCGCCAGCUCGGCCACACAACGGGUCCUCGCUGUUCGUGGGAGCAAAGUGCAGAAUGUCAACCUUAUUGUUUGUUAUAUAAUGAAAUGCAGAUUUUAGCAAACUGUUGAGCGAGCGGCGAGCGCGUGCUCCGAGAGUGUGCACGGCGCUUGUGGCGGCCGCUCGCCGCUCGCGGCUGCUUUGCCGCAGGUUCGGUUCGUUGACACUGUUACUGCCUCACUUGUACAUAUAUAAAUGUA